UGCGAAUAAAAUACGACGACCGACAUAAUAAAUUAAUAAUUAAACGAAGGUACGUAUCUACGUAUCCUAUUCGUGCCGCAUGCUGCGAACAAUAAGCACGUCGGAUCAUAGCGAGAGAUCAUGCACAUCCAAGAUCCAACUAUCCUAGACACAUCAAAGGCUCCUCCUUGGGAACUUCAAACUCAAAGCUACUUUUGGGAACAACUUCAAACCAGUCUUGAAACUUGAGAGCGAAGCAAGGAGCAACGAGGAGGAGGAGAGGGUCGAAAGUCCAGUCAACUCCAGUCACUAUUAAAUAUGAUGAUGCUGGAAGAAAACGCUGCUAUUCGUUAUAAAACGGGCAUUAUUACACUUCUCGUCGAUCGUCACGGUCCUCCUACAACACAUCCCGUAUCUUAUCGUUAUCUCCCAAAUCAUCUCCACAACAUGGCUCAUGCCUACACCAGAGAAUAAACCAGCCGGAAAGGAUUCAGAUCCUUCCUCUUCCUUCCCCAUCUCAUCUCCGUCUUUCUGGGCAGAAGCUGCCAACAUCCCUAUACCCCCAGUUGACCACAAGCAUCCUCGCUCUUCGCCGGCCGAAGCCGAUACAGGAGAGGUUUCUUCUCGUGUACAGGAUGACUCGCCAUUGCCCAAACGCCCUCGCACUUCCACAAAGUCACCGGAUCAUGGCUUAACAUUUCUCCCUAAUCCCCAGGACAUUGACCCCGAUGAUCCACAGGCUUAUUUAGCGAACCCCGAGUAUGCACCCAAUAGAUUUGGGGAUAUAGGAGAUUACAUGCGCAAAAAGGAGAUCAAAGUUCAAGCGCAGAAUGCUAGCAUUGCGGCCUCAGUAGCUUCUGGAACACUUCCUCAAAUAUUCGCGGGAUUGUCCUUCUAUAUCAACGGGAAUACCCAGCCUUCAAUGGAGCAGUUGCGAAAGCUCUUGCUUCAACGUGGUGGGACGGUCUACCCAGUCUUGAGAAACAAAACAAUGGUCGACUAUAUUAUUGCACCUGUAUUGACCCUGAAGAAGCAUGAAGAGUUUAAAAGGCACAAGGUGGUGAAAGAGGGAUGGGUGGUUGAAAGUUGUCGGCAGGACAAGCUAUUGGACUGGAGGAAAUGGAGGCUGCAACCUGAUGGUGAAGGGUCAGAAGCGGGCGCAAAAGGUUUAGAAAGUUUCUUUGCCCAAAAAGCCAAAGCCAGACAGGAUUUCGUGGAACCAAUAGAGGAAUCAAGUAACGAUCCCAUAGAUAAAAAAUUGGCUGCUCCUGUGGAUGAAGAUACAGCACGUAACGUACCAUCAGAAGUUAUCAAUGUCACACCCACCAAGCCCAUUCCCAUGCAGCUUCAGCGCCUCUUAACCCCCCGCAAACAACGUCACGCACCUAUUCCUAUUUCCCCUGGCCAACCACCACCAUCCCCCACUUUUUCAGCACCGGUAUCUCCAAAAAUCCAAAAACCUGAAGGAGCAUGGGAGCAUUACUAUAAAAAGGAGUCCAAUGAACACGCCGCAAAAGCCCUUCAGUCGGAUACGUGGCGAGCACAAAAUACUGCCGAGCAGGGGAAUGCUGGAGGGUUCAUUGAUGGCUAUUAUCAAAACAGCAGAUUGCAUCAUCUAUCCACCUGGAAGGCUGAAUUAAAGGUGCUUGUCAGGGAUGCACAAAAGAGAUCUGAAGAAGCCUUGGCGAAAGCUGCGGUGAAGGAGCUUGCUGAAGGGGGCGAAGAGCGCGGUCAGGCCGUUCAUUCCCUCGCCAAAUCCGUUUUGCCGUCGAUUCCUCUUCCUGCAGUACCAUCUGAUUCCGCCAACCGUGUCAUCUUUCAUGUCGACUUUGAUGCCUUUUUUGUCUCAUGUGGUCUUGCGACCCGCCCACACCUUAAAGGCAAGCCUACAGUGGUGUGUCACUCAUCAGGAAGAGGUGUGGGAAGUACUUCUGAAAUUGCAAGCUGUUCAUAUGAAGCGAGGGAGAAGGGGGUUCGAAAUGGAAUGAGCUUGGGCAGGGCCAGGGAAUUGGUAGGACCCGAUCUCAAAACAAUGCCAUACGAAUUUGAAACAUAUAAAAGAUUUUCACUAGCCUUUUACACCGUUUUGAUGGCUUAUGCCGACGAACUUCAGGCUGUGAGUGUUGAUGAAGCACUUAUUGAUGUAACAAGCCAUGUGGCGGCAAGAGCGGCGUUGCCACAGGAGACAGCUGUUGGGCAGAAAAGAGAAGAAAGGGACCCGGCUGUAGAGUUGGCAGAAAAGAUCAGAGAUGAUGUUAGGGAAGUCACGGACGGAUGCGAAGUGAGCAUCGGUAUUGCCCAUAAUAUUCUCCUUGCCAAGCUGGCAACAAGGCAUGCGAAGCCUGCUGGUGUCUACCAUCUCAUUUCAGAAGCCAUACCUUCCUUUGUCCAUCGCCUUUCAGUUGAAGAUUUCCCUUCUGUUGGGUACUCUACCAAAUCCAAAGUGGAAGCAGCAUUUAAAACAACAAAGGCUGGCGAACUAUUGGAUAUAAGUAAAGGAAGAUGGAAGAGUGUUCUAGGUGAGAAAACUGGUGAGAUGUUGUGGGGUUACUUGAGGGGAAUAGACUCGAGGAAGCUAGAAGGGGAUAAAGUCAGGAAGAGCGUUAGUGCUGAAAUGAAUUAUGGAAUACGAUUUCAAACGCAAGUACAAGCUGAGCAAUAUGUCCACGAUCUGGCAGCCGAAGUGUCCAAGCGCAUGAAGAAUGUCGGAGUCAAGGGCAGGCAGAUCACCCUUAAAUUAUUAAAGCGACAUCCAGAUGCGCCUGUAGAACCACCGAAAUUUUUGGGGCACGGAUGGUGUGAAACGUAUAACCGCUCUUCUACUCUUUCUGCUCCUGGCGGCGGACCAACGGAUGACCCGAAAGUUUUGGGAACAGAAGGUGUAAAACUUCUGCGGUCCUUGAGCAUUGACCCUGUUGAAUUAAGAGGAGUGGGUAUACAGGUUACAAAACUUGAUACUGAAGGAACAGAAAGAGGACAAGUUGAUAGACCAACGGGACAAAGGACUCUCAAUUUCGCAAAGCAGUCAAAAAAUGACACAGAACCUGUAGCUGGUCCCUCUCGGCUUCCAGCACAAGCUCAGAAUACAGAAAUAGAUGGCUUGGAUGCCGAAUUUUUAGCAGCUUUACCGCCUUCUCUCGCUUCUGAAGUUUGCCGCGACCACGCACUUAACAAUUCAAAUGCCACGAAAGCAGUUGCUGUGCAGCCUUCCCGAACGCCGCCCCUGGAGAUCAUCUCCAUUCCUUCUUCUACCCCUCCUCUCAAAGCUGAGUCCCCACGCUCGCUUCGACCGCCUUCUCCUCAAGCAGAUACUUCUCCCGAAAAACCCAUCUCUAAGCUCAGAGGCCCCAAUGAGGCUGCCCACAUUGCACGCCAGUUACGGCCUAAAACAAAGGUUCAGAUGAAAGCAGGCAUGGUGGCCGAGGGUCCGUUAUUCGGUGCUUGGUCAAAGGCUCGGGAGAAGACCGUCGAAGUCGAACUUGACAAAACUCGACACCAAAAGUCAACGAUUGUCGAUCUCACUAAUACUUCGUCCCCGCAGGGUACGGGAUCGGACAACAAAGCGGAACUCGACGAGGAUCAAAUUGUUCCAGGGUAUACUCUAGCCUACCUUCGCUCACUUGGAAUUGAUCCAGAUGUCUUGCUAGCCCUUCCGAAGGCCAUGCGCAAGGAAGUUAUUGUUCAAGAGGAAGAAAAUGCCCGGCGCCGACAAGCGCUCUUUCAACCUGGGGAUAGAUCCAGAUCAAGAGGGACGAGUACCAGUGUCUCACCUGUCAAGUUGGGAGGUGUCGGCGCGUACAGAGGCCGCUCCACAUCACGGUCAAUCCCGCCGCAGCAGAGACAGAGUGUCAAGAUCAUCAGGCCGCCCAAACCCGCUCUCAUGAACUCGACCGAGCUUCCCGAUGUGCUCAGGACUAUUGAAUUAUGGAUCGAGUCCAGAGAAGAUAGUCCGCCGGCAGAUAAGGAUGCUAUUAAAGUGGCUGCAUUUCUCAAAAAAUGUUUGAAUGAUGGCGAGGGCAAGGUUGGGGAUGGAGUUGAGAAAGUCGUCGAGGUGCUGCGAUGGAUGAGAAUGAUCAUAAAAGAAAAGUGGGCACAGGACGAAGGGUUAAACGAGGGUGCGAGCGAGGCUGGAAGGGAAUGGUGGAGAAUAUGGAGACAAAUGAGAGAUGAGGUAAACCUUAUCUGUGUAAAGAAGUUUGGUGCGGGGUUGAGGAUCUGAUUUUUCUUGUUUGAAUUCCUGUUGUAUCUUGGAAAUUGUAUGUUACGUUGAUAUGCAGAUACAUGUGAAGAACACGGUAGAACGGAGAAAAAUAUGGUACGAGAUAAGGAGGUUCCGAUAGUGAAGUAGACACGAAGAGUCCAACAGAUUAAACAACAUUAGCGACA